AUGGAUAAGAUCAGAACUCCAAGCCUGUUCCCUAAGAGGAAAAAGCAGAAAAGGAUGCAUCCUCCAAUUUCUCUCAGCAGUUGUGAAGUAAAGUUCAGUGAAUUAGUAAUUUUUAUUAUGGAAAGGAAAAUGGGGGUGACUAGAAGGACAUUCCUGAUGGAGCUGGCAAGAAGAAAAGGUUUCAGGGUAGAAAAUGAGUUAAGUGAUUCUGUCACUCACAUUGUGGCAGAGAACAAUUCUUGUGCCGAAGUUUUGGAAUGGCUGAGAGGACACAAGAUGAGGGACAGUUCAAGGUUCGAACUUCUUGAUAUCUCUUGGUUCACAGCUUGCAUGGAAGCUGGAAAACCAGUGGAUUCAGAGAAGAAACAUCGACUCAUGAUGCAACAAGCUUAUCCUGCUACUUCGGAUACACCUGAAUCAGAAACGUCAUCAUUUGUUGCAGGCACAGUCUCCCAGUAUGCAUGUCAAAGGAGGACCACUUUAAAUAACUGCAACAAAAAGUUCACGGAUGCUUUUGAGAUACUUGUUGAAAAUUAUGAGUUCAGAGAAAAUGCAGUAUCUUGCCUUGCAUUUAUGAGAGCAGCCUCUGUGCUGAAAUUCCUUCCAUUUACUAUAGUCAGAAUGGACGAUCUAGAAGGACUGCCUUGCAUGGGAAGUGAAAUCAGAAAUGUCAUUGAGGAGAUUAUUGAAGAAGGAGAGAGUUCUCGAGCUAACGACGUGUUAACUGAUGAACGAUACCAAUCAUUUAAACUAUUUAUUUCUGUCUUUGGAGUGGGAUUGAAGACAUCAGAAAAAUGGUACAGAAUGGGUUUUCGAACGCUGGAAGAAGUAAAAGCUGACAAGACUCUGAAGCUAUCAAGGAUGCAGAAAGCAGGGUUUCUCUACUAUGAAGACCUCCUUAGCCGUGUAUCUGAGGCAGAAGCAGAUGCAGUAAGCUUGAUUGUUAAAGAUGCUGUACGGACAUUUUUGCCAGAUGCUUUAGUGACUAUAACUGGUGGUUUCAGAAGAGGUAAGAAGAUUGGACAUGAUGUCGAUUUUCUGAUCACCAGUCCAGAGCUAGGACAAGAGGAAGAAGUUUUACAUAAAGUGAUUGACUUAUGGAAAAAGCAGGGCUUGCUUUUAUACUAUGAUCUCAUUGAAUCAACACUUGAGCAGGCAAAACUACCAAGCAGAAAAGUUGAUGCUUUUGAUCACUUCCAGAAAUGCUUUGCGAUUUUAAAAUUACAUCUGCAAAGAGUGGACACCAGCAGUUGUGAUAUAUCAAAAGAAUCAGAUAAGACAGAAGUCAAAGACUGGAAGGCAAUCCGUGUAGAUCUGGUUGUAAGCCCCUUUGAACAAUAUGCAUAUGCUCUGUUAGGUUGGACUGGCUCCAGGCAAUUUGAGCGUGACCUACGAAGAUAUGCCACUCAUGAAAGGAAGAUGAUGUUGGAUAACCAUGCCUUAUAUGAUAAGACAAAGAGGAUAUUUCUCAAAGCCAAAAGUGAGGAAGAAAUUUUUGCACAUCUUGGCUUGGAUUACCUUGAACCAUGGGAAAGGAAUGCGUAAAAAGAUUUGCCAAUGUUCUUUCAUCAGUUCACAGCUGUGGUAAUCUUACAGUUUUUAUUAGUGCUCAUCAUUGUAGUAUCUUUCUGAAUUAGCUAUCUAUGUGACAAGUGUAAAUGUGUCUUUAUUAGUGAUUAAAUUAUUAGUUAGAAUUCAUUAUAGAUACUGAUGUUUUUUGUGCUCCUAGAAAGAAUACCUGUUUAAGCCCCAAAAGCUUCUGUUCCUGAGCUGUGCAGUAGGCAGAGCUUGAGUUACCAGUGUUACUCCAAUUUUAUGCUGAUGGAUUUGCACUAUAACCACUGGAAUAAAACUAUAAAGUAUUGCAGUAGUGAGUCAGAGUGUAAAUAUACACUUGACCGAGCUCGUGGUGGACUUACAGUCAACUCAACUACUCUUUGCUGUCUGUCUGUUUGUGAAACAAUAUCUUUUGACUGCCACAUCCACUCAAUUCCAACAUUCCAGGCAAUGUUCUAGGUACUAAUGGCUUCAACCCUAUUGAUUUUGGGGGGAAAUCAGAAAACCAAAAGCGUGGACACAUGGAGCUUCUGCCAUGUGAUUAGUACAGUUACCACUUCAAGCAUCUCUGCAAUUGUUUAUGGAUCAAGCAACAAGUUUGAUAGCACCAAUUAGCACCUUCCAUCUUAACACCUGUCAACAUCUUCCAGCAUGACAACAGUCCAUCUCAUUUCUGCCUAUCCUCCCAACAGAGUUUAACAUAUUGACACCCAAAAUUACUUUUCUGCCAGACAAGUCUGCUUUCUCCUAGACAAGUCUGCUUUCUGCAUUACUAUGCUGAUACAUGAAACACCUUCCAUUGUGUUUUGCAUCAUGAUGCUGACACUUAAACAGCAAUGGGAUUUUUCAAUCCUAGUGCAAGAGAAUAAAAGCUACAGUUGCUCAUCUAAAUACAAUUCUUAAUUCAGGGCAAAAUUAAUCAGAAAUUAUACUUUAGGAUUGUGCCAUUUCUGCAUACUUCAUACCACAAGAGGAAUUAUUUAACAUCCUGGUUUCUGCAUAAAGAAGUGUUUGCAACUGAUAACUCCCAUCUUGCCUGCAUAUGCAUUUCUCUCAGUUAUGUCACCUGGAGGAGCAUGUAUGUCAAAUGGAGUUAUAGCAGACAUGCCAACUCUUGUGAUUUCAAAGAAAAUUAAGCCUGAGUUGUACAAGGAGAUUUUGGCAAACCAGUAAAGUGCCUGAAACGACUACGGCUUAUUGCUAAAAGCAGCCUAGUCAGCUGUCUCAUCUUGACCAAGGCAGGAGGGGAGGAGGUUUGGGGUGCCACAGAAAGGGCAGCAUGACUCUGCAUCCUUCCUGGUAAGAAUUGUGUUGAAGUGGCUGAUACAUGCAUUUUUGAAGAGCAGGAUGUGCCCCAGGAAUGUCUAGUGGGGCCUCAAGGCUGCAAACUCUGGAAAAACCCACACCCGGUUAAUCAAUAAUCAGAAGGAGCCUCUUGCUUGACCAUUGAAACUGCCUACUUAACAAGCUUUCUUUAAGGGACAUGUCAUUCUAUUACUAUUGUAUAAAUAAGGAGAAAAAGUUUGAGGCAGUUGGACUCUUUUUGGACUCGUUUGGACUCUCCCUCUGGAUACAUCUUGCGGUCCCCACCUGCAGAUGGAAGAUUUGGCCACAGGAAGCCUGCCACUG